AUGUACUCAAAUGUGAACGACAACCCCGCCACGCGCCCGCGCAGCCCUAUGACCGGCGAUCCUCUCCGCGCCAAGGACCUGCUCCCCUUGCCCCUCAUGGUCGACCCGGAGUGGAGGAACGAGCAUGAUGGACGCGGCAAGUUUCUGUGCGCUGUCUCCCGCAAGGCCAUCACAUCUCAACCAGCUGUCUUCAUCAAA